ACUGUUUGUUGUUGACAUUUCCUCUGAUUCUGAGCCCCCCAAAAAUCAGCAUGGACAGUUUGCAAUGUUAUUAGCAAUACUGAAUUAACACGGUUUAGAUGGUUUAACCAGUAUGGUUAAAAUGUCCGAGUAGUUCAACUCCCAUGGGAUAGGCCUUCAGUUCAUCUUCAGCAGACCAAGAUCAUAAAUUUUUCCCACUACGUCUAAAAUGAAAAAGAGUACAAGGAGCAAGACCCUCCUGGAGGUGAGGGUGGACUCCGCCCUUUACAAGAUGGCCCCGCCCAAACUGACUCGCUCAUCGUGGUGUUCUGUAUUUCUGGUUUGCAUAAAGACCUUCGCACUUAUUUUAUUCUUCUACACAUGCUCCAUCUGCUUGACUUUUUACAACAAGUGGAUGUUUAAGGGUUUUCGUUUUCCACUGUCCGUCACCGUUGUUCAUCUUACAGUCAAGUUCAUAAUAGCAUCAAUAGUGCGGACUUGUCUAAAGUGCUGUAACAAAAGGAAGAACAUUAUUCUACCAUGGUCUGUCUAUAUGAGGAAAGUGGUACCUACAGGAAUAAGCAGUGCACUGGACAUUGGGUUAUCCAAUUGGAGUUUGCUGUACAUCACUGUGUCACUGUACACCAUGUCUAAAUCUACAGCCAUUAUUUUCAUCCUAGUUUUUGCGAUUCUUUUUGGACUACAGAGAGCGCAUGGUUGUCAGAUAGUCAUCGUACUUCUCAUAGCCAGUGGCUUGUUCUUGUUCACGUUUGAGUCAACUCAAUUCAACGCAGAAGGUUUUAUAAUGGUUAUAUCUGCCUCUGUCAUCAGUGGAAUCAGAUGGUCAUGUGCUCAGAUUAUUACGCAGAAUCAAGAACUAGGUCUUACAAAUCCAGUGGAUACGAUAUACCACCUUCAACCCAUCAUGAUUUUGGGCUUAAUGCCCGUUGCUCUGGUUGUAGAAGGUGUACACAUUUCCUCCACUAAGCUGUUCCUAGGAUAUGAGGAUAUAAAUGUCUUCCUUCAUACGUGGUUCACUCUCCUUAUUGGAGCAGUGUUGGGGUUUAUGCUCGCUCUCUCCGAAUUUUUAUUACUUUCCAGAACAUCCAGCCUCACGCUUUCAAUUUCUGGAAUAUUUAAGGAAAUUUGUAUACUGUAUCUAGCCACCGAGUACAAUGGAGACGAAAUGUCUCCGAUUAACGUCAUUGGUAUGGUCGUAUGUUUAGCUGGUAUUGCUCUGCAUGUUGUCCUCAAAGCUGUUGCAUCAAAAGACCAAGACAAGACAAGGAACGGAACUUCAGGAAAGUCAGAUCUGGAGCAGCUUCUGAUGAAUGGAGAAGCAAACGAUGAUGAUGAAGAAGAAAUAUUCACUGCCAAACGAAUGCACGUUACCCAAUUAUAGCACUUGUUGUUAUAUGUGUACGUUACAUUUAAGGAACACAUUGCCUUGGAUCGGACGAGUUGGUCUUUAAAAAGCAUUUAAAACCGUUUGUUAUAAAAUGA